AUGGAGCCAAUAGACGAAAUUGAGAAGCUUGAGUAUCUCUCAUUAGAUUCUUUUAUGGACAACUUACUCCGAAUAAUUCAGCACAUGAAGCCUUCUAAAACAACAGACAACAAUUCGAUAAAAAAUUCAAAACAGAAUGAAGCGGCUAGAAAAUAUCCAGUAUUGGCGUUGGCAAACAGCGCGCCAGUAGCUCUUUCAGACGACGAGGAGGUGAACGAAGCCAUGUCAGCACUCGAAGCCUUGGCUCCUUCUUCUCUGCAAAAAUCUAAUGAAAAUAAUGAAAAUGAAAAAAGCUCUAAAAAGGCAGAAAAGAAAGAUAAACAUAAUAAACGGUCACGAUCUAGAUCUAAAUCAAGAGAGCGAAGACACAGGUCAAAAAGUCCCCAGAGAAGAAGACAGAGAUCUCGUUCUCGCAAUAGAUCUGCUACGAGAAAUAGUAAAUUAAAGUCUAGGAAUCGUGAUAGAUCCAGGUCAAGAAAUCGCGAUCAAAAGCGACGAAGAUCGAGAAGCCGGAAUAGAUCAUCGUCAAGGGAUCGAAAACAGCGACGCAGAUCAAGAGAUAGGUCUGAUCGUGACCGAAAAAAAAUUAAAAGCCGCUCGAGAUCUAGAUCAGCUGAAGAAAUUCCUUUAGAUCCUGAAGUUGGAAAAAUUUACUCUGGAAAAGUAGCAAAUAUUGUACAGUUUGGAUGCUUCGUACAAUUAGAAGGAUUGCGACGAAGGUGGGAAGGCUUGGUACAUAUUUCACAAUUACGACGUGAAGGACGUGUCGUCAAUGCCAGUGAUGUAAUUUCUCGUGGCCAAAAAGUUUUAGUCAAAGUGUUGAAUAUUAAUGGCCAAAAAGUUUCUCUGACUAUGAAAGACGUUGAUCAGGAAACUGGACGAGAUUUAAAUCCUAUUUUACCGUUGACCAAGUCAGAAGAAGAUGAGAAACACUUGAGAAAUCCUGAUCGUCCAACCUCACUCUUAGAGCUGCAAGGAAAUAUUGAUGAUGAUGAAACGCACUCUCGGAAACGAGUUCAACGUAUUUCUUCUCCAGAAAGAUGGGAAAUAAAACAAAUGCUUGCUGCUAGUUGUAUUGAUCGUAGUGAGCUGCCUGAAUUUGAUAUGGAGACUGGAGUGCUUCCUCGUGAAGAUGAUGAGGAAGAAGACGUUGAAAUUGAGUUAGUAGAAGAGGAUCCGCCGUUUCUUCAUGAUCACGAUAGAGCUCUUCGAGAUUUGAGUCCUAUAAGAAUUGUUAAAAAUCCAGAUGGAUCUUUAGCUCUGGCUGCAAUGACGCAGAGUGCUCUGGCCAAAGAACGUAGAGAGCAGAAGAUGUUGCAACGUGAGCAGGAAAUGGACCAGGCGCCGACUGGGUUUAAUAAAACUUGGAUUGAUCCUCUUCCCGACACGGAGAAUCGAAAUUUAGCUUCAAAUAUGCGGGGUAUUGGAUUACAAUCACAAGAUUUACCGGAAUGGAAGAAACAUGUGAUUGGAGGUAAAAAAUCUUCCUUCGGUAAAAAGACUAAUUUAACUCUUUUAGAACAACGACAGCACUUGCCGAUUUUUAAGUUGAGAGACGAAUUAUUAAAAGCUGUAACAGACAACCAAAUUUUAAUUGUUAUUGGUGAAACUGGCUCAGGGAAGACUACGCAAAUCACACAAUAUUUGGCGGAAGCAGGAUUUACAGCAAGAGGAAAAAUAGGUUGCACACAACCCAGAAGAGUUUCAGCCAUGUCUGUUGCUAAAAGAGUCGCUGAAGAGUUUGGAUGUCGGCUUGGCCAAGAAGUUGGUUACACAAUACGAUUUGAAGACUGUACCGGACCUGAAACGAGCAUUAAAUACAUGACUGACGGUAUGCUUCUUCGUGAGUGUUUGAUGGACCUUGACUUGAAAAUGUACUCAGUAAUUAUGUUGGACGAGGCGCAUGAACGUACUAUCCACACUGAUGUUUUAUUUGGGUUGUUGAAACAAGCUGUUGAACGGCGACCAGACUUGAAGCUAAUCGUCACAAGUGCUACUCUUGAUGCAGUCAAGUUCUCUCAGUACUUCAAAGAAGCUCCAAUCUUUACAAUACCUGGUCGUACAUUUGAGGUAGAAAUAAUGUACACAAAAGAACCUGAGACGGAUUACUUGGACGCUGCUUUGAUAACUGUCAUGCAAAUCCAUCUACGAGAACCACCGGGAGAUAUUCUGUUAUUUUUAACGGGUCAAGAAGAAAUCGACACAGCUUGUGAAAUUCUUUACGAGCGGAUGAAAUCACUGGGCCCUGACGUUCCCGAGCUUAUUAUUCUUCCUAUAUACUCAGCUCUGCCCUCUGAAAUGCAAACUAGAAUUUUUGAGCCUGCGCCACCUGGAUCACGUAAAGUUGUCAUUGCGACAAACAUCGCUGAAACAAGUCUGACUAUUGAUGGGAUUUAUUACGUCGUUGAUCCGGGAUUUGUCAAGCAGAAAGUCUAUAAUUCUAAAACCGGCAUGGACAGUCUGAUCGUUACGCCAAUUAGUCAAGCUGCUGCAAAACAGCGCGCGGGUCGCGCAGGAAGAACUGGCCCGGGUAAAUGUUACAGGCUGUACACAGAACGGGCUUACAGAGAUGAGAUGUUGCCUACUCCAGUUCCUGAAAUUCAAAGAACUAAUUUAGCCACCACUGUGUUACAACUGAAAACAAUGGGUAUCAAUGAUUUAUUGAACUUUGGAUUUAUGGAUCCUCCUCCUGCAGAAUCAUUAAAAAAAGCCAAAUUCAAUCAAGCUGAAGGGGAUCAUCUUACUCUUUUAGCAGUUUACAAUUCUUGGAAAAAUAAUAAAUUCAGCAACGCGUGGUGUUACGAAAACUUUGUUCAAAUUCGGACAUUGAAGCGAGCUCAAGAUGUAAGGAAACAAUUGCUUGGUAUUAUGGACAGGCACAAAUUGGAUGUCGUUUCUGCUGGAAAAAAUACAGUACGAGUUCAAAAAGCGGUUUGCUCGGGUUUCUUCAGGAAUGCAGCGAAGAAAGACCCUCAAGAAGGAUAUAGAACGUUAGUUGAUAGCCAAGUUGUAUACAUUCAUCCAAGCAGUGCUUUGUUUAAUAGACAACCUGAGUGGGUCAUUUACCACGAGCUUGUACAAACUACUAAGGAAUAUAUGCGGGAGGUAACUACCAUUGAUCCCAAAUGGCUUGUAGAAUUUGCGCCAGCUUUCUUCAAAUUUAGUGACCCGACCAAGUUGAGCAAGUUCAAGAAAAAUCAACGACUCGAACCAUUGUACAAUAAGUAUGAAGAACCCAAUGCGUGGCGAAUUUCUAGAGUACGCCGUCGACGAAAUUAA